AUGGACGCUCCACGCCCUCCGCCGCGGCUGCUGCGGCCCUUCUCCAUCGAGUCGCUGAUCGCGCCCGAGCGGUCGCCGGCGCCGCACUGCCCGCUGCCCUACCCGCUGCCGCUGCUGGCGUACGGCUCGUGGCUGCUGCCGCCGCCCGCACUCAGCCCCGACUCGGAGGCGUCGCUGUCUCCCGGCGUGGCGCCGCACGACCUGUCGGCGCGCCCGCCCCCAGCUGUGCGACUAAUCGCCGCGGGUUAUGCGGCGCCCAGCCCCGCGACCCGGCCGCGCCCCCUGCGCCCCUCCCGUAAAUCACGCGGCCGACGAGGAGGGGUUGUUGUAUGGGUGGCACCCCUGCGGCCGCGGCGGGCCAGCGCUGCCAACCGCCGCGAGCCACCUGGCGUGGCAGGCGCUGCCAACACAAACACGCGCGGUGUUAUUUCCGCCGAGCGCCAGCCAGCGCGCCAGGUGGCAACACGGCUCAAGGGCCGCCGCAGCGCCACGGGCAGUCAGUCUAUUGUCAGCAGACGGGUCGCCAUUGCCAACGUCGUCAAGCCCGAAACAUUGCGGAAAUGGUGCCUGACCACGUCCGACUACGAACUGGAAUCUUCGACGUUAAAAACUGUUUAG